AUGGAUCCUCGUCACCGUGGACUAUAUGUCCGGUGGUGCCAGAGUCCGCGGGUCAAGUUAUUAGUCGGCGAAGAUGACGGCACUCUUAGGGGAUUUCUCAUCCCCGAGGAGUUUCUGCAACGUCGCUCGAGAACCCUGCGAGAGCAAAUUACGGAGCUCUCACCGUACUCUGCUACAAGAGAAAUUACACUCCUCGAGACCGGUGCCCAGACAAUGGAAGAGUUCUUCAUCUGGAACUUCUGCCCAAAUCCUCAGCUCGAAGACCGGUUGAGUUUCAGCGAGGUUGUCCAACUUGGGGUCUUCGCCUGGAAGUACCAGGUCUCGGCUCUGAGCAACCAGGUGACCGACAUGAUCCGGCACAACCUCGCAAACAAUGAGUGGAAAUUGGAGGCCGGUAUCGUGGACGCCAUCUAUCAAGCAGCCCCCAACAAGAGUCCGCUCCGAGAGGUGAUCAAGGCGGCAUUGGGUCAGGUGCCGAGAGGUAACAUCGAUGGUGCUGAGUGGGAGAGGACCUAUAAGCGCAAUUCUGAUUUUGGCUGGGAUCUUCAUAAAUCCAACGACAAGGAGUGGACGGCCAAGGACUACUUGACUGGGUCUUGCCGCUUCCACAACCAUGACGAAAUCAAACGUCGGCAGAGCCUGUGUGAUGGAUGUCCCUAUACACAAGAAGACUGCUAUCCCCUUUGGGAGGAGGACCCGGAGCAAGAGCAGGAUCCAAAAGUCUACGAACGGCCCCAAGAGACGCCUCCAACUGAAGAUUGUGUCAAGGAGGACUGGAACGUGGUCCCUGUGGCAGAGAACUUUGAGGAGCCUCCAAAGAUGCGGGCAUCUGAAGAAAUGGAUAGACUCGAGCCCGUCUUUGAGGAUGCGCCAGAACAUGCACCAGAACCCAAAGCCGACGAUGUCGACCCUGUUGUUGAGACGAAUGGAGUCGCCCCUGACAGUGUUCCCGGGAAUGCAAUAAUCGAGGAUGGUGACGGUGCGCGGACCCCACAUGCAGACACCAACGGAGUCAAGAACCCCUUAUCCCAUGAUGAGGUCGUGUACGAGUCGGCUUUUGGCGACGCAUGCAGCGACGAGGGAGUCGCGGCGGCGAAUGGCGUCGUGACCGUUGGGCUCGAAGAGAGGGGUGCCGACCCGGUGCAUAUGGAAGCCAUCAACGGUGAGGAUCAUCCCAGUCCCAGCGAAAAGGCGAAGAAGAAGAAAAAGAAGAAGAAAAGAAUGAAUAUGGUUUUCGACAACGACAGCGUCAACGCCAAUGAGGUGCCGGUGGCCAACUGA